AUGCUGGAUGGCCAAGCACCUAUGGAGGCUCAGCAUGCAGAAGAGGGCCCGGGAUCGAAGAUCUUCAGAGCAGAGCUGGGAGACCUGCAGCGACCUAUCUUACAGGCCGGGCGUUGGUGUUCUGUGCGACGCUGCAGUGCAGUGCUGGGAGUCUUGGGGCUGCUGGCUGGUGUGGGUGUCGGCUCGUGGCUCCUAGUGCUCUAUCUGUGGCCAGCUGCCUCUCAGCCCACUCCCGGGACCUUGCCGGAUGAGAUGACUCUGAGCUGCUCCGGGGCCAGCAGUGAGGAAGCCCUGCUCCCCUCACUUCCCAAAACAGUGUCUUUCAGGACCAGCAGCGAGGGCUUCUUGCUGGAAGUACAGGUGAAGGCCCGGCCAGACUGGCUCCUGGUCUGCCAUGAGGGCUGGAGCCUGGCCCUGGGGGUGCGCAUCUGCCGGAGUCUGGGGCAUCUCAGACUCACUUACCACAAGGCCGUGAACCUGUCCGACAUCAAGCUCAACAGCUCCCAGGGGUUUGCUCAGCUCUUUCCUAGACUGGGAGGCUCCCAGGAGGAGGUGUGGCAGCCCAGGAACAGCUGCGCUUCUGGCCAGGUUGUUUCCCUCAAAUGCUCGGCAUGUGGGGCCAGGCCGCUGGCCUCCCGGAUAGUCGGCGGGCAGGCCGUGGCUCCUGGGCGCUGGCCGUGGCAGGCCAGUGUGAUGCUGGGCUUCCGGCACGCCUGCGGGGGCUCCGUGCUGGCGCCGCACUGGGUGGUGACGGCUGCACACUGCAUACACAGUUUCAGGCUGUCCCGCCUGUCCAGCUGGCGGGUCCACGCGGGGCUGGUCAGCCACAGCAACGUCAAGCCACACCAGGGGGUGAUGGUGGAGAGGAUCAUCCCCCACCCUUUCUACAGCGCCCAGAACCAUGACUACGACGUCGCCCUCCUGCGGCUCCAGACUCCGCUCGACUUCUCGGACACCGUGGGUGCUGUGUGCCUGCCGAGUGAGGAGCUGCGCUUCCCCAGGGGCUCGCAGUGCUGGGUGUCUGGCUGGGGCCACACCGACCCCAGCCACACCCACAGCUCGGACAUGCUGCAGGACACAGUGGUGCCCCUGCUCAGCACCCAGCUCUGCAACAGCUCCUGCGUGUACGCCGGGGCCCUCACCCCGCGCAUGCUCUGUGCUGGCUACCUGGACGGGAGGGCCGACGCCUGCCAGGGGGAUAGCGGGGGCCCCUUGGUGUGCCCAGAUGGGGACACAUGGCACCUGGUGGGGGUGGUCAGCUGGGGUCGUGGCUGCGCGGAGCCCAACCACCCAGGCGUCUAUGCCAACGUAGCUGAAUUCCUGGACUGGAUCUACGACACUGCUCAGGUCCACUAG